CCAACCACCACAACCACCCUCCACCACAUUAAAAUGGUCAAAGUCGGAAUCAACGGGUUCGGUCGUAUCGGCCGUAUUGUCCUUCGUAUUGCCAUCGAGGACAAGCGCACUGAGGUCGUUGCCGUCAAUGACCCCUUCAUCUCCCUCGACUACAUGGCCUACAUGUUCAAGUACGAUACCGUACACGGCCGCUUCAAGGGCACCGUCGAGGCCAAGGACGGUAAGCUCGUCGUCAACGGCAAGCCCAUCACCGUCUUCGGCGAGAAGGACCCCGCUGCCAUCGCCUGGGGAUCUGUUGGCGCCGACUACGUUAUUGAGUCCUCCGGUGUCUUCACCACCAUCGAGAAGGCUUCCCUCCACUUGAAGGGUGGCGCCAAGAAGGUCAUCAUCUCGGCUCCUUCCGCCGAUGCCCCCAUGUUCGUUGUCGGUGUUAACCACACCGAGUACGACCCCAAGCUCACCGUCAUCUCCAAUGCCUCCUGCACGACCAACUGCUUGGCACCCCUCGCCAAGGUCAUCAACGACAAGUUCGGUAUCGUCGAGGCCUUGAUGACCACCGUCCACGCCACCACCGCCACCCAGAAGACCGUUGACGGUCCCUCGCACAAAGACUGGCGUGGUGGCCGUGGUGUUAACGGCAACAUCAUCCCCUCCUCCACCGGUGCCGCCAAGGCUGUCGGCAAGGUCAUCCCUAGCCUUAACGGCAAGCUCACCGGUCUUGCGUUCCGUGUCCCCACCAACGAUGUCUCCGUCGUCGACCUUGUCGCCCGUCUCGAGAAGCCCGCUUCUUACGAUGACAUCAAGGCCGCCCUCAAGGAGGCCGCCGAGGGUCCCUACAAGGGCAUCAUCGAGUACACCGAGGACUCCGUCGUCUCCACCGACUUCAUCGGCAACUCUGCCUCCUCCAUCUUCGACGCGUCCGCCGGCAUCCAGCUCAACAAGAACUUCGUUAAGCUUAUCUCCUGGUACGACAACGAGUGGGGUUACUCCAACCGUGUUGUCGACCUCCUCGUCUACGCUUCCGAGAAGGACGCCUCUGCCUAA